AUGGAAGGAGAACACAGCACCAUCACCGUGCGUCUUCGAAAUAAGGAACUCUGGGAGAUGUUUCAUCUCGAGGAGACGGAAAUGAUUAUAACUAAAGCUGGAAGACGCAUGUUUCCCGUCCCAGACUUCUUCCUCGGAGGACUCGAGCCUGACCAAUACUACGGCUGCGCAGUUGAAAUUGUCGCUGCAGAUAUGAACCGGUAUCGUUACAAGACACCCCAAGGGUGGGUUCCCACGGGGAAAGGAAUGCAACUGGAUCAAGUGCACUGCAAGUACCUUCACCCCAACUCGGCCAGCCUUGGACAGUACUGGAUGGCACAAGGAGCCUUGUUUGACAAAUUGAAGCUUUCCAAUCACAUUAUACCCAGCAGUGACAGUGUGGUCGUAAACUCUAUGCAGAAGUACAGACUAAGACUGGUUGUCACUAAACUGGGAAUGCAUCAAUGUGACCGAUGGGUAUUCAACUUUCCUGAGACUCAGUUUAUCACUGUUACUAGUUAUCAGAACCCGCGCAUGACUCAACUCAAGAUCGACAACAAUCCAUUCGCCAAGGCUUUCAGAGAAGGAAAGAGGUCGAGCCAACGAGACAGCACAGGAUCUAAAUCCAAGAAAAGACGCCUGCGUUUUCCAUCUCCACCACCCAUAAUCCGUUACCAGACUCCUCUUAUGAAUUUCCUCAACAGUCAAGAUCAACCGGCCCUGACCACCGCCUCGGUACACCCACCACCUCCACCCCUGUCACACGAUUGGCCUGAGGAACCGUAUACGACAAGAAACAUUCCUUUCCAGAACGACUUACCAUUUCCUUGGGAACGAGACGAUUUGAUCCCAACGCAGAUUUCCUCGGUUCCAUCUACCAACUCAAGUUUUAAAGUGGAACUCAAUCGGACCUUCCACUUGCGCGAAAGUCUUUCUUUCGCGCCAAAUGAUAUCCCCACAGAAGAGUUGCAACCGCAGUUUCCCACUCAAUGCUGGUCAGCGCCUCCGCUGGGUUUAAACAUAUUUGAAGAUGCGCAAACGCAGAUGCAGCAUUACACUUCACGAGACCAGUUUUGGCGAGAAAGUUAG